CCAACUGAUUAUUUGUAGAUAUUAAUUGUAGGAAACUACUCUUGACUGAAACAAACUUUCGUCUCGUUAUUAUUUACUCUUUCAGUUGUCUGUUAGCAGUACAAUUUGGCUUACAAACGUGUAAACACCAACGAAAAAUAAGUCGCAGCGUGAACUACUUCAACCAUAUACAUUUUUUGAUAUUCAUAAUUUUAAUAAUUGUUAUUUCUUGAAUUAACAUUAAAAUAUUCUCCAUUAAAAUGUGCGAUGAGAAACAUGAGAUAUUAUAUAAAAAUCCCAUCGUUCCGUUCUAUCAAUAUGAAAUUACCGAAAAGAUCAACUCAAAACCAGAUGAUCGUUCCAUCUUCGACGAGAUUUUCGAACUUUGUUUUCACGGCCAUUCUUGUCUCAGACAUAACAUUGAUCUUACUACGGCUAUAGACACAAAGAACGUGAUUGAGUGCUCUUACAACAAAGUUACUAAGCGGUGUGAAAUUUCAUUCAACCAUGAAUUAAAAUGUUCAUUUACGUCGACAAGUUAUUUUUGGGUUUAUGUACAUCAACUUAUUCAUGCAUAUUUGUACUUGAGCAGCUCAUGUAUCCACGACAUUGAUAAAGCAAGUGACCAUGGGUAUGAAUUUAAUGUUCACAUAAAUAGAAUUCGUCGUAUUUUUGAUAAGAUCCGUCUACCUGGAAUUCAGGAUUCCAGGAUUCUGAUUACAAAGAAUUCAUAUAAUUUUGUGAAUUAUAUAUGUUAUGGACGUGAAAAGAGUCACUAUUAUCAUUGUGAAUUACGCCUGUUGGAAAGAACACUUGGCUAUAGGCAGACGUUGCAGAGUAACAUCAACAGUGCAGCGACUUCACAAAAAAAAUCAUUAGUUCCUACCAAUAAAAAUAAACCUGUCAGCUCAUCUAAUAAUGCGGCCAAAGUUUCAAAUAAGACAGCACCGACGAAUGUGCAAUCGACAAACAGAAAAAUUGUUACCAGUAACCCUAAGACUCCAUCGACUUCACAAAAAAAAUCAUCAGUGCCUACCAAUAAAAAAAAUACUGUCAAUGUUCCAAAUAAGACAGCGCCGAGAAAUGUGCAGUCGAUGAAUAAAAGCAUUACGACAAAAAAACCGUUGCAAGACAACACCAAUACUGUAUCGACUGUAGUAAAAAAAUCAUCAGUGCCUACCAUUGAAAAUAAUACUGCCGGCUUAUCCAGAAUUUCGGACAUUUUUCCGAUUACGACGACGCUGACAAAUAAUCAAGGUGAUAAUAUUGUGAGCAUAGCAGCCACUAAGCAAAGCACUGUUAUAGUCAUACAUCAUGAUUAAAUUCACGCCUUAUAUCUGACAAAAAAAUCAUUAAAAAUGUAUUUCGCAUGGAAUUUAGCGUUUAGAAGGAUUUUAUCGAUUAGUACAUUAAUUUAAGUGUUCAUAAACAUUUUACAUUGUACUAGAUAAAAUUUUCGUUGUUAACUCUCUAUUAAAAAAUCUUUGUU